UCGAAAGCGCUUCACGUGUCGGGGGCGUCGGGACGCUGCUUAUGGGGACGAGUUUUUGCGUCUUGCAGGUCAGUUUCGUCUUUGUCGCCAGUUGUACAUAUUUCGGAAAAUGGUUUUUCAAUUCAUGGAUGAGUGUUGAUUUUUGCGAUUAAAUCUUUAAAGAAAAAGUGUUGAUACUGUGGUGGUUAUUAGAUUAAAAUUUAUUCAAGUUUGGAUGUUAUGCUGCCGUUUGUGUUAAUAAAAUCCGGGACUAUGUGGCUGCUCUGGUUCAUACUCUACCUAAGUGCAGUGUUUUGUGACGAUUUGGAAGUGAGUCCGUGCAUUUUUAACUCCAUGUGUUCUUGUUCUCAAGACCAGCUAAAUCCAAACCCUUCGAUCGACAGCAUCGCGUGUUUUUCGGUGCCUUUUUAUAGGUUUCCAACCAUGCCAACGAAACAAAUCGAUAGAAUAGAAAUAUUUGACUCCAAAAUUCAUAGUUUGGAGACAGAAAGCUUGGGUUUAUGCGAAAUCCAAGCCCUGGUGUUUAACAACAAUAAACUUCAAUACAUAUCAGAUCGAGUAUUUAGUUCGUCAUUGGAUACCCUAGUUUCCCUGGAUCUAAGCUACAAUCAGCUAGGAGGAAUACCAUUUCAAGCGUUUAAGGAACUUAAGAAUCUUCAUUGGCUGAAUUUGCAUGGAAAUCAGAUCUCUUCCACUAACGGUGAUUGGUCCUACAUGAAACUCUCCCUCAACACCCUCUUCGUAGGUCAAAACGAUUUGACCGAAAUUGCCGAUACUUCAUCAACUUCACCUCACGGUUCACACAGCGGAAUCCGACAACUGAAAUACUUAACUUGGCUAAACGCCGAUGCCAACAGAAUACAUAAAAUCCAUAAACAUUCACUCCCAGCUUCACUUAAGACCGUUAGUUUGUCAUAUAAUUUAAUAGAAAACUUUCCGCUAGACGUGAUCGCCUCGAUGCCUCACUUAGAGUGGCUUUAUCUAAGAGGAAACCAUAUAAAAACCAUUCCAGAUUAUACGUUUGCAAAAAAAUUCUGGAUACAGAAAAUCGACCUGAAUCAGAAUUAUUUGAAAUAUUUACCAACGAAACCGUUUAAUGGAUCAAUAUUUGUUAGAGAUAUGUUUUUGGGAUCUAAUGAGUUUGAAACAGUCACCACAAAUAGUUUUGAAGGGCUUGAUUGCCGUAGAAUUAUUUUUGCUUAUAAUCGAAUUGAGCGUAUUGAAGACGAAGCGUUUUAUGGAGUUCUGAACUCUUUGGAGUAUCUCGAUUUGGACCAUAAUCGCUUAAAAGCAAUUCCUCUUGCCAUAAGUCAGCUGUUUGCUUUAAGGUUUUUAUACUUAUCAUUCAAUUAUAUUAGUGAAAUUUCUGUGGGAUCACUAGAAAAUUUCCAGGAGAGCCUAAAAGCCUUGACUCUAAGUGGCAACAGAUUAACGAAAACACCUGUUGAAGCCAUACAGAAUUGCACAAAAAUUACAUACUUUAAUAUCGCCUCAAAUCAAAUAAACGAGAUCAACCAGGGAGACUUUUUAUACUGGGGAAGUACUGUGCAAAUAUUCAAUAUAAAUAAUAACCGAAUAACCAGCUUAGGCAAUAAAAUCUUCGAGGAUAUGCCAAAGCUAAGGGAGCUUUGCCUAAGCUACAACCCUAUAAGGACGAUUGACCCAGAAGCAUUUUACGGGCUGGACAAUCUGGAAACGUUAGAACUUUCAUCCAGUUUCGAACGUGACGACUUGCCAUACGAAGCAUUUAAAACUUUGGACAAUCUCAAACAUCUGUUUUUAGAUCACAAUAACCUUCACGAGAUAAAAUCCAAUUCGUUCGACUCCCUUUUGGAAUUAUCUUAUCUGAACUUGGAAUCAAAUAAGAUCGAAGCUAUACCGGCAACACUGUUUAAAUCCGGCAUACAUUCGAAACUCGGUAACGUCGUGUUAUCGAACAACGAGCUUAACACCCUGGAAACUGGAACUUUUCAGCACUUGGAAAACCUGGAAGUAGUCUGGCUGACUGGCAAUAAGAUUAGGCAUCUGGAAAUUGAAUCGUUUUCGAAUUUGUCGGCAUUGAACGCCGUUUUUCUUAGUAAUAACGAGAUAAGCAGCGUGAGUGUUGGCGCCUUUUCACAUUUACGUGCCCUUAAGCAGCUUGAUAUGCAGUUUAAUAUGCUGAGGAAAUUCUCGUUUGGGCAGUUUGUUAAUUUAGAGAGCCCACUGUUAUUAAAUCUUAGUCAUAAUAAUUUAAUAUCAUGCUCAUCAGGCGGUCAGCAGCUUAAGUUGGAUGUGCUGGAUCUGCGCUUUAAUAAAUUUACUGAAGUCCCUAAAUGUCUUGAAUAUGUGAGCUUCUUGAAAAAGCUUUAUCUAAAUUUUAAUGAAAUUACUGAUUUGAAGUAUAGCAGCUUUCAAAAACUGACUUCAUUAGAAGAACUAAGUUUGCAUCAAAACUCUAUAUCAACUAUAGAUAGGAGGGCAUUCUUUGGCUUGCAAAGCUUGCAAACACUGGAUUUAUCCAAGAAUGCCAUAGAUAAUUUGCAGAAUCUUAGAUUUUCCGAUAUGCCAAAGUUGAGAAUUUUAAAGCUAAAGGAAAAUGGAUUAACGUAUCUCCAGAGGGAAAUUUUUGUGGGAACACAGCUAGAAUUCUUGGACAUAAGUUACAAUUCAUUCUCAAUAGUACCGAAGGAAUGUUUGCUAGAAGUUGGAAACACUUUACGGCACCUCUCUUUGCAAUCGAACAAUCUGGAGCAUAUCGACGUCACUAGUUUUCCCGACAUGCCAUAUUUAAACUAUCUGGAUUUAAGUAAAAAUAGAUUAACUAUUUUACCAGAUAAUGUAUUUACGCAGCUUAGUUUACUUCAGUAUCUAAAUUUAGGUUUUAAUCCAAUACGAGCUAAUUUCAAAGAGUUAUUUCAUUAUGCCCAGAACUUAAGGCAUUUGAAUUUAGCGAAUACUGGCUUAACUUCAACUCCCAUAUUCCCUUUAUCCGACUUAGUUUAUUUAAACUUAUCUUACAAUAAUUUGCAGAAUAUUAAUAAAAAUUCGUUUCAAAUGCUGUCAAGACUGAAAUAUCUCGAUUUAAGUCAUUGUAAUUUAAAUUAUAUACCAUCGCAUCUGUGGGUGCACUUGGCUAACUUAAAAGACUUGGAUUUAUCCCAUAACCCUAUAAAAGAAAUAACGGUAGAUAGUUUUCAUGGCCUAAAAUAUUUACAAGUAUUAAAUAUACAGUAUCUUAAAAGGUUAUCAAGAUUUGAGGGAAAAUCUUUGGUGCAGUUAAGGAUCCUUUCUGACUUAUAUUUGCAAACUGCACCAAUUGUAGAUAACUUUUAUGACGAACUGUGCUAUGUUUUAUCGCAUAUGAACCAACUUAGAAGACUGAAAAUAAAUUUUAUUGAACACAGACUGCAGGAUCAACUCUCCUGCUUAUCAAACAAGAAACUCGUUUAUUUAGAAAUUUCUGGUAGAAACUUACAAGUAAUUGAAAGGGAAGCAUUUUCCAAACUCACCAAGAACCCCAGUCUAAAUAUAAAGAUUUCUGGAACACAAAUAACUGAGUUGCCUUCCGGAUUGUUUUCAAAUAUGCACCAAAUUCAACAUUUGAGUAUUGAUCUGACGAAUAAUAUGCUGACUAUACUGACUCCAGAGACUUUUUAUGGGAACUUGUCAACGUGGGAUGAUAUUGGUACUGGAUUAGUUUCAGGUGGUCUUCUUCUGUCAGGCAACAGCUUCCGUUGUGGCUGUCAUUUAGCGUGGUUGGGCCACUGGCUUCGCCGCUGGUCAAGAGAGAAUUUCAGCCCACGUACCUCCACCAAUGAAUAUAUCCAAAACAUCCAGGAAACAGCGCGAGAAGGUACUUGCUGGGACUCAGUACUAGAGCAACACGUUUCCAUAAUGAAGUUGCCUCCUGUAGAUAUGAGCUGUCAAGCCAGCGCGUUAAGUAGCAACGCUGAGUGUCUUCUUAUCUCCAAGGUUAGUGUUGCUUUUACAGUGUUUUUGGUGUGGUACUUAGUGGGUUUUGGAUCUUGAAGGCCAGUACUAAGAAAUCAUGUUUAGACAUGAAAAGAACGGCAUGUGAUAAACAAUAGUUUUCUCAAGUUUGUAAAUAGUUAUUGUUUAAUAUAAUGGCGAGUGAUUGAAGGUCGGUUGUCAUAAUAAACGUUAAAAUAAAUGUAUUUUGCUUAUCCUUAUUACAUAUUUGUGUAUAUAAUGUUAGAGGUUAAAGUAGCAUUGAAAUAUUUUUUUUUCAAAUAUUUCAGUUUUUAUUGGCACCUAAAUACAAUUAUUUUAUUUAUUUAUUGUGACAUGUGCGUAAUAAUUGACUGAAAAGGUACUGUGAUAGGACUGUCCAUUAUAAGUAUUUUUGUAAAAUACAUAUUAUAUCACUGAUUACUGCUUUUAGGUGCGAAAAUAUGACCUAAGUGAAAAUUAAAUUAACUGCGUUCAAAAAAUGCAAAAUUUUGUGAUUCCAAUUUGAGAUUAAUUGAUGCAAAGGAGGGAUUUAAUCAAACACUGCUUCAAUUGUAUUUUGGGAAAAAAUAUUAAGAGCCACAUUUCACAAGUCGAUUUGACGAUUUUUUUAGUACAGAAGUAAUUUCUCGAACAAAUUCUCUUUGAAUACUUAACAGUCUUGACAAACGUGCAUAAUAAAUUUUACAAUUUUCAAUUUGUUUUCUUUAAAUAAAAGGGCAUUUAAUCAGUUAAGUUGUACUGAAAACUUACGUAAUGCCAACUCUUUCGUCUAUGGUCUAUAUAAUUCGCACCCGAAAAUUAAUCAUUGAAAACAUAUCAAUUAUUGUAAAUAUUUGUGUUGUUGUUGAACCAUCCUAACAUUUAGACUUAGUUAAGAUUAGAAGAAAAAUUAAAACUUAUUUGUCAAUAUGUAUGGACGAUGAUAAAAAUUACACUGUAGAAGUACACCUUAAUAUAUUAAUGAAUGAUGGAAAUAAGUCUCACUUAUACCUAUAUGUAAGGAUUUUCCAUUAUCAGUAUCUAUUUUUAAUUUUACAGAAUAGAGCUCCAAAAUUAAAAGUCUAUAAAUAUUAUGGUCUCAGUACGUAAUUCAUAACUCAAUAGAAGUUUAAAAAUAAAACUAGGUACACCUUAAUGGAAAAUCGACUAUUUAAAGUAAUUUAACGCCCAAAAUUGUUAUAUGGAUAACACAUGUAAAUUACAUAUUAGUCUUUUAUAAAUUACAUUGAUAUUUGUAUAGUAGAUAGAACAAUAUAUAAUGUAAACAUAAUUUCUUUUCCGCAUUAAUUUACGAAUAAUGAGUAUCAAAAUAUGUUGAAUUGUAUAACACAAUGUAAACAAUAUUUGUUAAAAAUGUUCAUGUAAAUAAAAUGUAAAAUAUCACUUUAAUAACUUAUGGCUAUGCAACUUAAAACGAAAGAUUUAGUGAGAUCGAGGUAUAUAGAUGUAGAAUUUAGAUAACACUAUAGAGAUAAGCGGAUAAGUUAUUUUUAGGUUUACUUUUUUGCUCAACUCUAUUCAAUACUGAAAAAUUGGUAAUUUUAUAAAAAAUAAUAAGGAGAUAAAGUGCAAAAAUUGUUUUAUGCUCAGCUUUCGAGAAAAUCUUCUAACAGCAUUAUUUAAAGCCUGUAAUCAGGCAAUAUAAGAAAUCUAAAAUUACGUUCACUUAAGUUAUGCAAAAUUUUUCUUAAGCAUUUUUUAAUUUUAAACUGAGGUUAGGUUCUAUAACCCUUCAACAAAUCUUUAAUAUAAUUCACCGUUACUGGGGUUUGUAUGAAUUUAAUAAACCUUCUAAUAAAGACUGUAUUUUAUAACUAAGCUAAUUUAUCUUCAAG